GCACUCGAUAAGCUACCCUCGUUGAGUUCUGCGUCCUUGGUAAUCCUCAGUCAUGGCGGAGCAGACAGAGAAGGCGUUUUUGAAGCAGCCUGGUGUUUUUCUAAGCUCUAAGAAGACCGGGAAGGGAAAGAGGCCAGGAAAGGGAGGAAAUCGAUACUUCAAGAGUAUCGGUUUAGGAUUCAAGACUCCUCGUGAGGCUACUGAAGGUACAUACAUUGACAAGAAAUGUCCAUUCACUGGCAAUGUUUCUAUCCGAGGUCGUAUCCUUGCUGGUACAUGCCACAGUGCUAAGAUGAAUAGAACCAUCAUUGUUCGACGCAAUUACCUACAUUAUGUCAAGAAGUAUCAGAGAUACGAGAAGAGGCACUCAAAUAUCCCAGCUCACAUAUCACCAUGCUUCCGUGUGAAAGAGGGAGAUCAUGUUACUAUUGGACAGUGCAGGCCUUUAUCCAAAACCGUGAGGUUCAAUGUUUUAAAGGUGAUUCCAGCUGGUUCUGGUGGUGGAGGGAAAAAAGCUUUUACCGGGAUGUAAUCUUCAUUCCUCCAUUUCAAAAUUUGUUUUUUUUGUAGGAAUAUGAUGUCAAAACUUUUCUGCUUCUACUGAGUUAUCUUCAAAUUUUGAAACUUAAUAUGCCAGCAAGUUUGUUCUCUUAAAA